AUUAUUAUUAUUAUUAUUAUUAUUGAUGAUUAUGAUUAUUAUGGGGCUAGUCGAACGGACCACGCCGAAACAAACCCUUGCACAGCCGCACUGUAACUCAUAAAAUUUUCUCUUCAAAGGGGGGUUAUUUUGUAGGGAUCUCAAUCCGGUUAGACUCAGAUCGUCAUUCUUCUGCAAAAAAAAAAAAAAAAAAAAAAGAAGAAGCCGAAGGAUUUUCAAAAGCAAAGAAAGGGAAAAAACAAAAAGAAAAAAAAACGAACCGUGGUAACGCUGAGGCAGGGAAAAUUACAAAAAAUACCCCAAAAGAAAGGAAUCGCGUAACACCGGGGAGUCAAAAGAGCGGAAACCGGAAACCAGGGAACAAUACGCCAAGACACAACUCAUAGUACAAAUACAAUAAGCCAUCCCGCCGGAGCAAGCAAGAAGAGGACAAGACAUCGAUCUAUUAUCUAUAUAUAACGAAACACACUCGCUACGAACUCAUAAAAAGAAUAAGAGGAAAACCAUUUCAGACGGUUUCACCUUGACUGUCUGAUAACAACAAUCUCUUUCUUCGCAAUCUCCCUUUCUCAUUCUAUCAUUGUUUUGUUUCGACUAACUCUCCUGCUGCCCUCUUCCAUCCAUCCAGGCCUUGAGCUCAACUUUUUUUUUUUUUUUUUUUUUUUUUUUUUUUUUUUUUACCUUUUUUGCCACUUCUUCAUGACUUGAAAAAAGCCUAAUUGUUCUCUGGUCCACCCCCCCUUACAAGCUUAUUUUCCUGCCCAUAUUUACCCUAUUAUUCUUACCUAUUAUUACGGUUUACUUUAUAUAUCAUAAGCGGGCCCUCCCCCGUCGUCGUUCUCGACAUGCUCGCCCACUAUUCUGUUCCGACUCCUCCACAUCUCCAACCAUAUCCACAGUCACAAUCGCCCCUCUUCCCACCACAACAACAACAGCAGCAACAGCAGCAGCUGCUCGAAUCUUCACAUCCAAGUUCUUCCAACUUCCACAACGACGGCGACUGCGUUGCCCAAUACGAGUCAAUCCGCCACCGCCUACCUACUCCUUCUUCGUCGUCCCAAGACUCGUUCGCCCUCCUGCCUGAAGACCAACAGCUGCAGCAACUAGAGCAGGCGCAACAGCUGCCAUACUACUGUGCAACUCCUCUCACUCCCGCGCCCUCGCAGUCACAUUCGCAGCCUCCUUCAUUCUCCUCGUCGUCGCCGCCACCUGGUUCAGCUGCUGCCUCUCCCACAUACUCGUCUGCCGCUUUUUCCGCCCAGAACUCUCCUUCCACAGACUUCUGCUCCUCUUUCUACAAAGACGCCGGCGUUAUUUCUAUGCCGGAAAGCACCUUCUCUUCUCCGGCUGGCUUGUCGCGCACUCCUCCGGUCAGAAUCAUACAUAACUCGACUCGUCCCUUUGGGGAGUCCACCUAUGAUCCGGAUAACCUAUCGUCCAUGCUUUUGCACAACAGUCUUCCUCUGGACAGCAACGCUUGGAACAACCUUGUAACCCCAGUCAAGUACGAACCUUCGCGCACUGCUCAAAGAACACGCCAACGUGCUCUCUACAAUCAGUACCAGCACCAUAGAGCCGCGUCCGACUCUUCGGCUCUCCCAACAACUACCGUGUCGCGAUCCAACCCCCUCGUCUCGUCAUACCCUCCUUCUUCCUUCGCCGGCACAGAUCAGUCUCCUCGUGACUAUCAACAGUCAGAGGGGGUGGAUCUGGCAAUGAGAAGGGCCAUUUUGGAGCAACAGCAGCAGCAACAGCAACAGCAACAGCAACAGCAACAGCAACAGCAGCAGCAGCAGCAGCAGCAACAACAUCAACAAACUGCGGAAGAUGACAAAUCUUUCUCCCUAUCUGUACCUCCUUCAGUGUCCACAUUGAGUCAUAACUCCCCGGUUACUCCGCACGCUACCUUCUCCGAAGAGUUCGAAGAUGGUUCUAAGCCCAUGUCAAAUGAUUUCAAUGACCAGAGCACUGCUCCGAUGGGCGUUCCCAAGCUGACUAGAACCAUCUCUGACGUCUACCAAGACGAACUAUACAACCCGAACGCUCCCACUACACCAAAGCAAUCCAUCACAUCCUCUUCUCAAAGCACGAAGAUGUAUUCGAAUUACCACCGCAAUAUCAUCACAGACCGGAUACAGGCUGCUCACCAAGGCCAUAUCUCUGAGCAAUCACAAUCCCGCUCAGCCUCAGCAGCCCGUCACCGGUCUCCAUGGAGGGAUAACUCCCCAUUCAUCCAUGAGCAAGCUGGGUUUAACGAUGCGCAGAUCUCGCAGUCUCAACCGUUUUCAAAUCAGCUGAAUCUUACUGCUCAACAGCAAUCAAAUAUGCUGAUGGGACCAGAACAGGUAGAACCAAAGACCAUCUCGCCAAAGGAUGCGUUGCUUGAUUACAAUGAGUCUCCGGACGAUGCGAACAUGUCAUUAUUCCCAUCGCAGCCGGAAGCUCAGCGGUAUCGUGUGCCGGCACUAGACACCUCUACCACUUUCCAGAUACCACAUAUGGAGCAGUUCGCAAACCAAUAUGAGCAACACAAAAAUAAUAUGGCUCAACAAUUUGGCUACAUUCAGCAGCAGAUCCCUCUUCAACUAUCGGGCCAGCAGCAGCAGCAGCAACAGCAGGCCCAUCGGGUUCAGCCGUCUCAAGGUCAACGGGAAAACAACCUUGUCCACCACACUCCUGAAUUCCCACGUCAACUGCCUUCUAUGGAAUCUACGUCCAGUGACACGAACACUUCUGCGAGCAAUAGAUCUCCUUUAGGAUCAGCGCCGACUUCGAAUCCUGCUAAACCCGCCAAGCGACCAGAUGAUACUUCGGCUGAUGGGGGUACCUAUAGCUGCACUUAUCACGGAUGUAUCCUACGGUUUGAAACACCUGCCAAACUACAGAAGCACAAGCGGGAAGCUCAUCGCCAGACAACCCCUGGGUCACAUGCAAUGGCACGCGAUUCAUCAGCAGGUUCUCUGGCAAUGCGCAAUUCUCAAGCAGGGCCCCACCGCUGCGAACGCAUCAAUCCCUCUACGGGAAAGCCUUGCAACUCUGUCUUCUCCCGUCCUUACGAUCUUACAAGGCACGAAGAUACAAUCCACAACGCCCGCAAACAAAAGGUGCGGUGCCAUCUAUGUACAGAGGAAAAGACCUUUUCUCGCAACGAUGCCCUAACGCGACACAUGCGGGUUGUGCACCCGGAAGUCGACUGGCCAGGCAAGCAGAAACGCAAGGCAAGGGAUUGAAGGGGGAGAAUCAACAAAACAAGUUUUCUCGCCACCUUCAAUCGUCCUUCCUCCAUUGAGUUUCUUUGGAUACACUCUAUUUGCGAAAAGAAAAAGCAUAAAAAAAUACGGGGCAAUUCCUCGCUCACUCCUUGAUUCAACCUACCUUGUCCUCUAAGCUUGCCCGGUCGAAUACUUACUGGUCUUGUUUCGUCCCAAGGAAAACAUACAUCAUGCAUCUUGUAUCCUGCAUUGUGUGUUGCGCGCCCCGUGUCUGGGAGAGCCGGGUCGCCUUACAGUUUUCUCACCCAGAGACCAAGCAGACUGACCCACGGAAGGCAGAGCAUCCUGGUCGCGGAAUUAAGGCACGAUGACGACAGCCGCCAAGCCAAGUAUGACAAACGCCAAGACAUCCAACCCACUCAGGGAGCUAGUAUCAAAAUCUGCGCUAGUCCUAACCAAGACGUUGGCUGCCCUUUUGGGACAGAACAGCCCAAUUAGAUUGCAGCAAUUGCAGCGAUCGGCAGUAUCGUUUUCCUAUUCCAGGCUGCUGCUGACGAAAAACUUGGUGCCUUUUUUUAAGCGCAACUCAACAAGGAAAUGUUUCCCCCAAGUCUCGGUCAGAGUGACGUCAUUUUACCUCUGUUCUUGCUUGUGUUCUGUGCAUAGACAUUGCUUAGCAAUGUGUAAUAAUGACACCAUCAUGCAGUGGGCUAACUGCUCAGCAAGGCCUGGGUUUUUUUUGGGUUUUAUUUUUACUUUGUUUUUUCUAUUAUUUCUUUUUUGCAUUUUCAUUUUUCAUCACAAUUCAGCUGAUGGCCUUGCAAACUGUUUUGUCAUAGAGUUCACUUUUUUUGGAUGCUUUUAUUUUCUGUGUUGACUUUACCAGAAAACACUUUUUUUUUUUUUUUUUUUUUUUGAAACAACCUUUCAAUCUCUGAAUGAUUGAGGGAAUUAUUUGAUUUUUAAUAUAUGCAUACUUUCUUUGGUGUUUUUUUCUCUCGUUGCAUUGGAUUGGAUUGAAUUGGAUUGGCAUUGAUUGGCAUUGAUAGGCUCUGGUCAAAAAACGGGAUUUUUCUCUUUUUUUUGCGACGAGCGUUUUGGUUUUCUGCAGCCUUUUUUCUUUUUAUAUUUUGUUGUUGUGUAAAGCAAAGAAAAGCAAAGCAAAGCAAAGCAUGAUGAAGCAUGAAAUGUGAUGAAAGCAUGAAAUGAAGCAUUAAGCAUACAUGGUGUUUUGCAUCUGAUCUGAUGAGAAUAAUUGGUUUUGUUUUUUUUUAAUUCUUCUUUAAAUCUCUCUUCUCUUGUUGAUCCAUCCGUGCUUUGUUUUUUCUAUAAGCAUGUUUUUGAAUUGAUAGUUGUGAUUUUAGCGUGUUGUUUGCUUUCAUUCCCCCCCAACCCUUCUUCUCUCUACUGUUUUUUGAAUUUGUGUAUGUGCUGCAUGGUUUCUUUUUCUCUCAUUUUCUGACCUUUGUAUCUGUAUUUGUAUCUGUACUAUUAUUUCUGCUGUUUAUUGUUGUGUGCAUGGCGUGAAUAUGAGGUAUGAGCGUGGCAUCAAUUGAAGAAGUCUUUAUUUUUUAACUAAUUUAUUAUACACGCGCGUUUUUGAUGUAUAGUAUAUAUGUAUGUAUGCCUAGUCUCUUGGAAAUAAUGUUCUAUGUGAUGAAACUAGAUCUCACCUCCCCUCUCCUUUCCCGCCCUUUAUACCUCGCCACAUCAUCGCCCCAGCUCCUUACCGCCGACGCCAACCUCCCCGGAACCCCAGGCUCCUGCGCGAUCUCCAUCACCGGCAUAAAAUACGUGCGGAUCGUAAACACCACAGCGCCGGACCUGGGCUACCUGCGCAGCGACUGCCUCUCAGACCGAAACCAAUGGUGCUCAACCGCCUUAUCUUUCUCCGCCGUGGCCCAGCUAACGUGCGCAUCGUCCUCCUCGCCAAUGCUGCGCGACCACGCGAUGUCCUCGUCGACCUGGAGAAAAUAGUUGUUGCGCAGGACGGGGUUGGAGGGCUUGAGGCGGCGGAAGAAGUUCACCAUGCCCCUUUCGAGCUUGGUUUGGAAUUGCGGGACGGAGCCUGAGGUGUGGAUUUCGGAGAGCGCCUGGCCGAAUUUGUCGCUUAGACGUCAGAAGCCGGCGAGGAGGUAGUAUUGUCCGUCUGCCUUCUCGUACAUGAGCGCGAUGUCGUCUUGGAUUAGGCGGGAGCAGGUUACUAGGGGGUCCUGAGGGAGAGGGAGGGUGGUUGUGUCGAAGGUUUCGCCGGUUAGGAGGUUUGAGAUGCCUGUGGUUGUGCGUUUGAAGAGGGUUGGGUAGCGUUGAGGGAGAUAGGAGACCCUGAUUAAGUGGUAUUUUGUGAGUGUGGGGAAUUGUUGGUUUCGUGGAUCAAGGGAUUAUCAGAGAAGUGUCGAGGAAUAUAUGUAUUUAUACACGUACAGCUCGUCCAAUAACUCAAGCACACCGUCAGCGGCUUCAGGGGCCGUCAUGCAGCAUUUGUCUCCGCGUUCGAGGAUCCGUCGCGCUUUGUCGGCAUGGAAGCGGAGAUAUUGGUUAUCCAGCUCUGGUGUGAAGAUUAUUUGGUAUUCCUUUUGUCAGGGAGCGAUUUCAUUUACGUUAUAUUAUAUCCUGGUUCUGUGCGAAGCUGCGGUAUAUGAGAUUAAAAACCAAGUGAGUUCAUGCAUACCAAUCCACUCAUCCCAUAUCAUCGACCUCAGCCCCAUCGUGACAAAGUAGUUGCCUUCGAUGAAUGAGUAGCUUUUUGUGUGUGAUUUCCAUGCUUUAGCCACUCCUUUUCAUUAUUAUCGAAAGUACGACUUACGGGCCGUAUCUACAAGGUCUAUAUGGAAUAGGCUUUGUGGUGUGUACGUCCCAGUUGGGAUAAGGGACUGCGUCAGGGCGUUUGAAGUCUGUGGGCUGCCAUUCUUCCAGCCGAGCAGAAGCGUCAAUUGACCUAAGUCCAGCCAUAAUAACUUAAAACAUUUGAUCUGGGGAAGAGGUGGUCUCAAAUAGGUACCUCCUGGUCGUCUAUCUGCUGUUUUGGUGUUUAGGGCUGGAUUUUCUCGAUUUGGUGUCACUGGUCGGGAAGACGGACGGGCAGUGAAUCUUUGACAGAGGGAGGCAAUUGCCCAUGAGGAGAUGAAAAGGAGAAGAAGUACAGGGAGGAGGUCGUUCAGUGGAUAUUUAUCCAGGACGAACGUUAACCAAUUUGUAGGUUUUUGGCUGGAUCACACAUCGUGGUGAUAUUUUGUCAGGCAUUUGAUAUCGUUUCUCCCGAGAUCAAAAAAGCCAGAGAGAUUGUUGGGGUCGUAUAUUAUAUAUUUCAUCUGAUAUCAAAGCGAGCAUUUUUCCCCGUAGCACACCCCCCUUAGUUUUUCAUUUUAUCUGUAUUCUCUCACCCUUCCCACCGCUGCUCCUAUACAUAGCUUAACCAGUGCCUAAUAUCUCUCGAUCACUGGUUGCUUCCGGGGGUAAAGCGUUGCGUUUUAACCGAAGACCGAUUCGGGAAAGAAAUGCAGUUUCUUGGCAUUCAUCACCGUGUCCGUAUCACGGCCGGAGGCAACAUCCUUUCAAGUGACAUAUCACGUUAUGUAGAGUGUGUCGCGAAAAUCACUUAGGGACUGAUAUCAGCUUUUCGUCGUCCAAGAAGACAGUAUCGACCCCAUUUGCGCUGGAGCUUUUCUGGGAUGAAGGGGAGGUUCGGAAUCCAAAUUAUUCGU